AUGAGGGACAUGGCGGGUAAAAUAUCCGAAUUAAAAUUUGAGGCACCUCUUGCACGUUUUGAAGAAGAAGAUACGGCGACAUUGAAAAAUAUGAAUUUAUUAACAGUAGAACAUUUAUUGGACGCUAGCUUGGAUGUUAACUUUGGUGAAAAUUGUAAUGCCAAUGAACCGCCGACACACGAAACAACAACAACAACGACAGAUAUACUCCAAGAAGGGACUUUCAGCCCGUUUAGUGGGAGUCUUGAAGAUCUUGUAAAUACAUUUGAUGAAAAAAUAACAUCUUGCUUUCGAGAUUAUGCUACUGAUGUUGAAACUCUUGCUCCCGUCCAAGUAAGGACACAAGAAGAAAUAAUGAACGAAUGCCAGAUGUGGUGGACAAUAACUGGUACAUUUGGAAGUAUUUUACCAAUUGAUUGGAGUAAAUCGUACGCUAGAAAAAUGCAUUUGCCGUCGCUUAAUCUUAACGAGCCAUCAGUUGAAUCAUUGGAAAAACCCGAAAUGGAUGAUUUAAGCAGCGAAGAUGAAGCAGUAGCUACAGAUUUAGAUAUGCAUGCAUUAAUUUUAUCAAGUAGCACCGAUGCGACUCAUAGUCCUGAAGAGCCAUUGAAGACCGCUGAAGAAGUGCUGCGUGAAAUAGAUGACAUUAUGCAGGAAAGCCCAUCGAUGGAAAGGUCACCAGAUACUGACGGAUCAAUGCUGGAUACCGAUGAAGUAUUGGAACGAAGUCGCGAAGUUCUCGGUUCACCUUUGUACGAGAAAAGAAUUAUUUUAAUUGGGAUAUUACUGACAGAAUUAAAGCAAUUGUCAUCUAACGAGCUGAUUGGACUGCUGGGAGAAAUGGAAGCUCUGGUGGGUGCGCUCAGCGAAACAUUGAUUGCCGAGCUGGCUCUCAGGGAUGAACUGGAGUUCGAAAAAGAGCUGAAGAAUCAAUUUAUUUCUCUGCUUCUCGCUGUGCAAAAUCGACGCCGGCAGCAUCAUUAUCACUGA